AUGGAAGCAAUUGUGGCUGUUUGUCGAGAGAUUAGGGUGAUCUCUCAGGCCUUGGACCAAACUCCAGUCGCAAUACACAUUAUUGAUGAGCUGGUACCUAAAAUCCUUCGAGGUAUCAAUUCCGUGGAAGGCGAAGCGGGCCCUCUACUUCUUGCCAUUACUCCGUGUUUUGAUCAGAUUGAGGGACAUAGUGCGCUAUCGAAGAAUCUCUUUUGCCCUGGGAUUAACCUAUUGGAGGUCCUCGUGAAGGUUCUCUGUCGCUGCCCUCCGAGUACCAGGUUGUGGUACAUUCUAUUCAAACUUGACCUAUCGGUUGAAGAAGCCCGCUCGAGUCAUUCUGCUCUCCACCGAGUUCUUAGCAGUUUGCUCGAGCUUGCCUUCUCCGGUAAUGUCCCCUGGAAGGUGGUAAAGUUGGCCUGCCUUCUAAUCCGCGCAAACCAGACUUUGUUUGAAAACGGGUUCUUUCCGGAGUUCAGCACUUCGGUGUCAGAGUAUCUACCGCGGAUACUACAAGCUAUAAACUGCCUGAGAACUUCCUUUGUGGCCAAAAACUACCUUUUGGAGCUCCAAACCAAGUUGAUAAUCGUUUCCCACCAGAGGCUUGACAGCUGUUCGGGGUAUCUCGUCGCCAACGGGGGUACACGUCCCGCUUACAACUAUUUGAGCCAAUCCUUGCAGAGGCAAAAAGAUCCCCACUACCUUCUUUCAUUCUGGAGUAUCGAUUCCGUACACGGAACAACGGCAACGUCGAAUCUAAAAUCUUUUGGUGAUACCAUCGCGUGCUUUGAGCAUACGCAUUUGAUCUUGAUGACGAUUAAGGAAGGCCGGAACGAGAUCUCUCACUCCCUAGAGUUUGUUUUAGAAAACUUGGAGGAAGUUGAGGUAGCCGAUACUCGGAAUUUCCGGCUUCGCUUCUCUGCUACGGCAGAUAUAAUGGCCGACGGGUAUUAUUCCUUGUUCUCGGACACCAUCCCACCUCAACAAACAGUGGAGGUGAAUUUUACCUUGAAGAAGCACCAUGAAGAUCGUCAACUUGAGUUUCUUUCGUGUUUAAAGCAACCAUCGUUAGUGAAGGUUGGCGGGGCCACGUCUACGGAGGGUUGUACGGCACUAGAUGCCGAAGAGGGUAAUCUGGUGGUUCCAGAAAAUGGCCCCUCUAUGUUUUCUCACCAUGAAAAUCUGAGGGCUGAAGAAGCCCUGACGUUGGAUGCUUCUCUGGGAGCUAUUCGAGGGGACACCGGAGAGGGCAGAGUAAGGAUGUCAGUUAGUAUCGAGCUGAUUGCAAUUAAAAGUACUUCGGAUCUGGAAGAUUCUUCUGACUGUGGCGAAACUAUCGGGGUGAGAGUUGUGGUUUCCAAAGAAUUCUCCGCCAGUAAGCCAUCGCGUGACUCCCUUUUUGUUGGAUUUAAUCCCGCACUAUCUCAAGUCAUGGAACCAGAGAUCAACACAUUUGGUGCUGGAAGAAACAUUCUGAACGCCGUAAAUGGCAGCAAUGCAAGAGCAGCCUCGCCUGACUUUGAUGAAAGCACCAGAAUCGAUGUCUUAGACUCUACUAUUUACGAUGUGCCUGGAGAUAAUACCACGACUAGGACAACGAUCGAAGAGUGCGGUCAAACCUGCCUGGCACGUUCAGAAGCGGAUACACCAAUCCGACACCACACGCUGGACUCCGUUCUCAGGGACAGGAAAAGACAACAUCCGUGUAAGGUUUCAGUCGUAUUAGAUCCCAUCGACCUAAGCACUAACAGGAAGACAAAUGGUGGCGGUAGAACUGGCAUGGUCCCGUCUGCACUACUGUCCGGCACAUCCUCCUCUCCCACAGAGCAUGCAACAAAGCGAGUGCAAGGUCGCAAACGUUUGCGAGAGAAAACGAUAUCGCCCUCGCUCGAUUGGAUAAGAGCCCCUAGCCUGGAACUCUCCCCAAAAAUACCUACAAUCCCAGAAGUUGCGGUUACUAGGGGCCCACAAGGAGCACAAUGGGACAGAAGAGGGCACGUUACCUUUGGUUCGGAGAUUGGAGAUUCACAGUUGCUUCCGUCCCUUAUCCAGGUGGCGGCUCCUUUGCCACUCUAUGCUUCCAAAGAUAAUACGCUCGUUGUUUGUGGAGGUUCUCAGGGAAUUCCUGGGAAAGAGCAAGAAGCAGAGCUAGUCGGCAUUGCUAACGGGAUGUAUCAGUGUUUCCGCAAUGACCUAGGAGCAGUAGCUGGUGGUGUCAUUGAAAAAUUGCAGUCGCUCGAGAUGCUAAUAUUGGCUCGCCAGGCUGAAAUUGAAAAAGAAAUGGCCUCCAGGUUGGAUAAUUUGGCAAAAUACCAGGACGAUCAAAUGACCAGAUUUAAAGAAUAUACCGACUCCAUUGCUAGCAAUAUCCACUUUCCAGGGACUCAAGGGUAA